UUGUGCCCUCGGGAAUGACCCGGAUCCCAUCCUCCACCAGAUUCUAGGCUCGUUAUUGUUUAAAUAAUAGUCUGCCCUAUCAUUUUCUAGGGCACAAGGGCUGGAGCCAUGAAGAGCAAGGGCGGCAAGGCGAUGAAUCCCACGGACGCAUACCGCAAGGAGCUGCGCAAGAAGGAGUUGAAACGAAACAAAAAGGAGAGGAAGAAGGUGAGGGAGGUGGGCAUUCUCAAAAAGGACCCGGAGGCUCUCAAGGACCAGAUCAAGAAGCUCGACACCCAGAAUACAGAAGCAGACGGAGCUCUGGACAAGACGAGGCGGCACAAGAAGCGGCAGCUCGAGGACACUCUCAACCUCGUUCUCAAGAAGCGAAAGGAGUACGUGGACAAGAUGAAAGAAAAAGGAGAAGAUCCGGUUAUGUUCAGCCACUUGCCUGCUCCUCGAGCAAAAGCUCCAGGCGACGAAGACGACGACAAGCCAUACACACCUCAGGACUCUGCGUAUGACCAUACGACGCUAAAUCCCGCUGGAGUUCCACCACCUGGGAAGCCGCCAAUGUACAGACCAUUCACAGGAUCAGCGCCCGAGCUGAAUGUAGCUGUGCCUCUCCCGCCGCCACCUCCUCCGCCACCUUUGCCUGUGAGCAGGGAAGUGAGUGAGUUGGACCCGCUCUCUGUGCCCGUUCCUCCGCCGCCUCCUGCUCCUCGCUUGCCACCCAAGCCUUCGACUAUGACGUAUAUUCCACCUUCCGGGGAGCCCUCUACCUCAGCAGGGAACGAUGCGAGAGCAGAGUUGGCAGAUACACCACCUCAAGACUCUGGAGACGAUGAUAAUGACGACGACGACGACGAUGACGACUCCGACUCUGAACGAGAAAAAGCUGCUUCAACGUCAUCUGCUGUGGUCCGGCCACCCUUAGUAACGCCAAUGCAAAUGACACCACUCCCACCACCACCACCACCACCGCCAGCAAUGAGACCUCCGCCCCCUGUUCCUCCAAGGUUGCCGCUGGCCCCUCCUGGAAUGGUUGCACCACCAGCUGGUAUAUCACAGCCACAUUUCACGUUUCCACCACCGCCAGGUCUUCCUCACGUUGGCAUGGCCUACGGCAGUGUUCCUCCAGCAGCUGUAGCACCAAGAGCAACAGCACAAGAAGCCCCCCCUAAAACCACCACCACCAAUAAGCCAUUCUAUGUCAAGUCUGCGGCCCCAACAGCGACAAAGCGACCCCUGGCACAGCACACUCCGGGCCUGACUGCCAUGGUGCCAGCGUCUGUGAGAGUUCGAAGAGAAACAGCACCGAAAGCAAAGCCUAAGCCGUCUGUAACUCACGCUGCUGCCCCAGCCAUAACACCGAGGCCUCCCGUUCUAGCUGUCAAGCCUCAAAGCAUCGACGACUCCUAUUCCGCCUUUCUGGAGGACAUGAAGGCCCUGGGUGCAUUUGAUGAAGAAGACGUUAAGUGAAAGAGGCUUGUGUAGAAGCGCAGUCUUUAUUUCCGUUCUGUACAAACUUUUCUUGCUUGGAGAAGCAAGUUAUUGUGCUUUGAUUCUCAGCGGCCUUGAAGAAGUGGCUCCUCCCUGUUAUCAAAUGGAAUGAAUAUAAAUGACUGAGCACACAAAAGUAA